UAAUGAAUGAGAACAGCAGGGAAUUACGUUCAUGUUGGUUACGUGACGUGACAUGGUAUCAGAGCAUACCCAGGGUUAAGGUUUUUCAGGUUUUGGCUUCUCUCUUUUUGAUUUUUUCGUGUUCUUCAUCAUGUCUGGUGCUUCCGAUGAGUCCGUGUCGAGCCCACCGGAGCACGGGCUGUCGAACACGGCGCAAGUUCACGUGCAACGGCGCACGAUAUCUCCGUAUGAUAUCACCGCCAAUGAUAAUCCCGGUAAUUUAAUCUCUCAUACGUUGUUGAAGGAACACAAUUACAGUGAUUGGUCUCGGGAUAUUCGUACGGCUUUACGAUCGAGAAAGAAAUUUGGGUUCGUUGAUGGCUCGAUUCCUAGACCCUCCCCGGAUUCGGAGGACUUGGAUGAUUGGUGGACUAUCAACUCCCUUAUCGUGUCAUGGAUACGAAACACGAUCGAUGCUUCCCUUCGUCCGAACAUCCCGAGUACCGAAGUUGCUGCAGAUCUGUGGACUGAGCUGGCAACCCAAUUUUCGGCAUCCAAUGGCGCUCGGAUGCAGUCCCUAAAGUCUGAACUCGCUAGCUGUCGUCAACAUGGUAUGUCUGUGGCUACGUAUUUCGGCAAGUUACGGAAGUUGUGGGAUGAGAUCGCAUUAUACGAAAAGAUUCCGACGUGUUCGUGCGGCGGCUGUCAGUGUCGCCUAUCCGACAUCCUGUUUAAACAACGGGAAGAAGAUAAAACUCAUCAAUUUUUGCUCGGACUUGAUGAUACUAUCUUUGGUACGGUAUCUUCGAGUCUGCUGUCGCAAACCCCUCUUCCGUCGCUAGCCAGUGUGUACUCCACAGUACAGCAGGAGGAAUCCAAACGUGCGGCGAUCAGGGCUAAGGAAGACCGUUCAGAUGUCAUGGCAUUGUCUGUCCAACCGGAUUUCCAAGCACGUGUUCGGUCUGAUUCCAAGGAUAAAUCGUCUUCUUGCACGCACUGUGGCCGUGCUGGUCACUCCGUUGACUCCUGCUUUGAGAUUCACGGGUUUCCAGAUUGGUGGUCCGAGCGUGGCGGUCGUGGCAAGCAUGCUCGAGGUCGUGGCGGUCGGAAUUCAGGACGUGGACGUGGUCAAUCUGUUCGUGCAAAUGCUGCCCAAACUUCCGCUACAGGGCCUCAGCCGAAACAAAGUCAUCUUGCCUCGAAUCCGGGUAGUCUCGGCCUGUCUGGUAUUACUCCUGAUCAAUGGAAGACGCUAGUUGAGCUUGUGAAUGCGACGCGAGUCGGGCCUACAGACACUACUUCAGGUUUGCCAGACGGCAAGCAUGUUUCGUCGGUUCAGACGGGAACCGUAUGGUUGACAGAUCA